UCUCUCACCAAAAGCAAGCUGCUUCCGUUGAUUUUGUUUCCGGGUUCACUCUGUAUUCCCGAAUCUGGAUUCUGGAAAGGAAGAACUGGGCUAAGGGUUUUCUCUCAGCUUCAGAUAAAACAGUCCUUGGUGAAAUUGACAACAAAGUUUUUGUGCUUGAGAAUGGAGUGAGAGCCACUGAAGAGUUGUUCUCAGUCUUCUGUUCAUUCUUGUGGAGGCAUUCGAUUUAUUGGGGUUCUUUGUUUUCGUUUUUUUCCCACUUAAAACCCAAAUGGGGAAGAUUUUUUGGGCAAAUAUAAUAGUUUUGUUUUGCUUGGGGGUGUUUCUUGUACCUUGCUUAUGCCAGGACGAUUCAGAUGAACCAACUACGGCUGUGUACAUUGUUACUUUGAGACACACUCCUUCUUCUCAUCACUUCAGCGAGUUCAGAGUUGGUAAGAACUUCGAACAUGGUGCUUCAGAGAGAACUACAUUUCACAAACCAAGAAAUAUUUCCAGGAAGCACAAAAGAUUUGGCUCUCAUAUCGCCAGAGUUCACGAUUCAUUGUUGAAGAAAGUAUUGAGAGGGGAAAAAUAUCUGAAGCUCUACAGCUACCACUACUUAAUCAAUGGAUUCGCCGUGCUGGUCACCCCGCAGCAGGCAGACAAAAUAGCAAGUAGAAGAGAAGUUUCGAAUGUGGUCUUAGAUUUUUCUGUAAGAACCGCAACUACCCAUACUCCACAAUUCUUGGGUCUGCCACUGGGUGCAUGGUCUCAAGAAGGCGGGUUUGAAACUGCUGGAGAAGGAGUUGUUAUUGGGUUUAUUGAUACCGGAAUUGAUCCAACACAUCCUAGUUUUGAUGAUAGGAAUUCUGAACAUCCGUACCCCAUUCCUGCUCAUUACUCCGGCCUCUGUGAGGUUACUCGAGAUUUCCCAUCUGGUUCCUGCAAUAGGAAGCUUGUUGGGGCCCGUCAUUUUGCAGCAUCUGCUAUAACCAGAGGAAUAUUUAAUUCAUCUCAAGACUAUGCUUCUCCUUUUGAUGGUGAUGGCCAUGGCACGCACACAGCUUCUGUUGCAGCAGGAAACCAUGGAAUUCCAGUGGUAGUUGCUGGUCAUCACUUUGGAAAUGCUAGUGGGAUGGCUCCUCGUUCACACAUUGCUGUUUACAAGGCAUUGUACAAGAGUUUUGGAGGAUUUGCUGCAGAUGUUGUUGCGGCUAUUGACCAGGCAGCUCAGGACGGGGUUGAUGUUGUAAGUUUGUCAAUCACUCCUAAUCGGCGUCCUCCCGGUGUGGCAACUUUCUUCAAUCCCAUAGACAUGGCAUUGCUGUCAGCUGUAAAGGCUGGUAUUUUUGUUGUGCAAGCAGCAGGUAACACUGGACCGUCACCAAUGAGCAUGGCCUCCUUCAGUCCAUGGAUCUAUACUGUUGGUGCUGCCUCUCAUGACCGAACAUAUGGCAAUGCCAUGGUUCUUGGAAAUAAUGUGACCAUUCCAGGAGUUGGACUUGCACCAGGAACAGAUGAAAACCAAAUGUACAAACUGGUUCAUGCCCGUCAUGCUUUGAAAAAUGACUCAAGCAUUGCUGGUGAUAUGUAUGUGGCCGAGUGCCAAGAUGCAAGUAAUUUUGAUCAGGAUUUGGUGAAGGGUAACCUCUUGAUGUGUAGCUAUUCAAUACGCUUUGUGCUUGGCCUCUCCACCAUCAAACAGGCGUUAGAGGCAGCCAAGAACCUUAGUGCAGUUGGUGUCGUCUUCUACAUGGAUCCUUUUGUGAUUGGCUUUCAGCUUAACCCAGUUCCAUUGAACAUGCCUGGCAUAAUAAUUUCAUCCACAAAUGAUUCCAAGAGUUUACUGCAAUACUACAAUUCUUCAUUGCAAAUAGAUGAAAUGUCAAAAAGGGUCACUAAAUUCGGUGCCGUUGCUACUAUCUGUGGUGGACUAAAAGCAAAUUACGGUAUUGUUGCUCCAAAGAUUAUGUAUUAUUCUGCCAGAGGGCCAGAUCCAGAAGACACUUUUCCUCAUGAAGCUGAAAUUCUGAAACCCAACUUGGUAGCUCCUGGAAAUUUUAUAUGGGCUGCCUGGAGUUCCCGUGGCACUGAUUCUGUUGAAUUUCUUGGUGAGAAUUUUGCUUUGAUGUCUGGCACAAGCAUGGCUGCUCCUCAUGUAGCUGGUCUUGCAGCGUUGAUUAAGCAAAAGUUUCCUAAUUUCAGUCCUGCAGCCAUUGGAUCGGCAUUGUCCACUACAGCUACUCUCUAUGACAGAAGUGGCGGGCCAAUAAUGGCACAGCGAUCUUAUGCCUCCCCUGAGCUAAAUCAGUCUCCAGCAACUCCAUUUGACAUGGGAAGUGGAUUUGUUAAUGGAAGUUUGGCAUUAAGUCCCGGCCUGAUUUUUGAUUCCAGUUAUGAUGAUUACAUGUCAUUCCUAUGUGGUAUAAAUGGAUCGGCACCAGUGGUGUUGAAUUUCACAGGCCAAAACUGUGCUGUUUACAACUAUACUCUUUAUGGUCCUGAUCUGAACUUGCCUUCCAUCACAAUUGCAAGGCUAAACCAAUCAAGAGUGGUGCAGAGAACAGUUCAAAACAUUGGUGGGAACGAGUCUUACAGCGUUGGAUGGUUUGCUCCCUAUGGGGUUUCAGUGAAAGUGUCUCCAACUCACUUCUAUAUAGGCAGUGGAGAGAAGCAGGUCUUAUCCGUGUCCUUGAAUGCAACAAUUAACAGCACUGCUGCUAGCUUUGGGAGGAUUGGACUGUUUGGAAAUCAAGGUCAUGUUGUGAACAUUCCUGUCUCGGUCAUUGUUAAGAUUUAUCAGAAUCUUACUAUGAGCUAACCCUUUGUCUCCCUAGUUUUUGAGUUUCCUCAUUUUGAAUUUUUUUUUUUUAUCAUGCAAUUUUUUCAUUCAUUAUCAUGUAAAGUAUUUAAGAAUGUGGUUGUAAAUCUAUAGACGUAUAAUCAUUAGUAAUAACGUCUGACACCUGAGUUCAUCCAUCACCAUUAAGAGUUA